AUGGACCCGCGGUGCAUUCCCGAGCGCUACUUCAACCUCGGCGUGGGCGAGGUGGUCGUGCACCGCAACGCGGGCGGCAACGUGCGGCACGCGCUGCGCGACAUUGGCAUCGUCGAGGAGCUGUUCCACGUGGCCGAGCUGGCCAUUGUGCAUCACACCGACUGCGGCACGCUGGCCUUUACCGAGGACCAGGUGCGCGGCGGCGUCAAGGCGCGCGUCGCCCGCGAGCACUGGGCCGACGUUGACCGCAUCACGUUUGGGGCGAAUGCCGACCUCGUCGAGAGCGUCAAGGGCGACGUCGCGUGGGUCCGCGCCCACCCGCUCAUCAGCGACCGGCUCAAGCAGGGCUGCCAGGGCUUUGUGUUCGACAUCAAGACGGGCGAGAUCGAAAAGGUCAACGUCUGA